AUGCCUCAUCAUCAACCCACUGCUCGCCAGCAGCGUCUCGACAACCUCGACGACUCGCUCAUCUACCUCCUUCAACGCCUCAUCCGCCACAAUUCUCCGGUGGCGCAGAUCGAAAGCCAAAAUUCAGAGGGCGACGCAUCACGUAAAUCCCUAUGGAUUAAUUGA